AUGAUCAGUGUAUUUGUUGUGUCACUAGUGUUGUUUGGUCGCGAAACCGGUGCUCUACUUGAAGGAGAUCCAUGUACAGUGCCAGCGACCGCUGAAACUGGGCAAUGUACUCAACUAGACAAAUGUGAAUAUGCUAAACAGCUACUUCGCAGCAACUCAAGUUCCCAAGAUUGUGGAUUUCAAGGAAAGGUACAGUUGGUGUGUUGCCCUGUAGGACCAAAACCUGGAGAUAUAAGCCUUAGAAGCAGCUGUGGCGACGACAAAACAAAGAUCAUUUGGUUAUGUGGAGGAACCCUCAUCAGUCAUAAUUUCGUUCUUAGUGCCGCUCACUGUGCUGAGUCUCAUCAAUUUGGACUAGCCAGAUGGAUCCGCCUCGGCGACUUAGACCUACAAAAUACCACCGAAGACGCAAACCCUCAAGAUGUGAGAAUUGUCCGAACCUAUGUUCAUCCAGACUACAGAUCUUCGUCACAUUACCACGACAUUGCUCUGUUCAAAAUGGCAGAGGAAGUUUCCCUUGCGAUUGAUUUCAAGGCUGCUUGUUUACACGUAGGGAAAAAUUUACCUGUGAACACGUUACAGGCAACUGGUUGGGGUAAAAUGGGUUACUUUGGAGACAAAAGUAGUCACUUGAUGAAGGUUAACUUAGGUCUUGUCAAUCAUAGUACCUGUGCCAAGAGAUAUGCCAAUGUUGCUAAUACUAGAAGACUAAAAAAUGGUAUUUUAGAUGAGUACCAGAUGUGUGCUGGUAACGUUGAGGGGGGAGAUACGUGUCUGGGAGACUCAGGAGGACCCCUACAUUAUACAGUACAAUCAACGGAUGACCAUGUUUUUCAUUUUACUGUUGCUGGAGUUACUUCUUUUGGGAAAGCAUGUGGAGGAGAGAACACUAUUGGGGUUUAUACAAGAGUGUCUGCUUAUGUUGGAUGGAUUGAAGACAUCGUUUGGAACUAAGAUAACUGACGUCAAUAUUCAUGUCAAAAAUUGUU